AUGUCGCUUACGAUGGAGGAACUCUCCACCACGAACGAGAAGCUCCGCUACCAAAUCAAUGACCUGAACGAGACGGUGGCCUACCUUGAUUCCGAGAACCAGGCGUUGCUCAAGGACAACAGCAGCAUCAAAGGCCACAACAGGAGUCUGCAAGAGACGGCAGACAGAUUCAAGGCCGCCAUGGAGGAGAUGCAGAAGAAGGUGGAGGACAUCAGAGAGAAGAUGGAGCACACCAACUCGAGGAUCCACGAACUGGAUGCCCAAAACAAGGCCUUGGUGAAAGCCAACGCGGAGCUCAGCAAGGAACUCCGCGAGGUGACCUCCCAGGUGGUCCUUUUCGAAGACUACAAAGCCGCUCAGGAGAAGGACCUCCGAGAGAUGCAGAACCUGUCGGUGGAAGUCAAAAAAUACCUCAAGAGCCUGGAAGAUAGGCUGCAGGAGACGGAGCAUCACUAUCAAGCGGAGAAGAACAAUUCCUCCCAGCUGAGGGAAAAAGUCGGGGCGCUUCUUCAACUCCGCCAGAGCCAGAGGAACGACAUCAAAGAUCUGCAGGCCCAGCUGGAGACCUGCGUGCAGCAGGCCACCAUCUUGAGGUUGGACCAGGAAAACAGGGUGCAGAUAGGCUCGCUAAUGCACGAAAUCGUGGAGGCCAAACUGGUGGAUGUCGCCUUGCAGCAGUCUAAGGGAAGAAAAGCCAUGUACUGGUUCUGGCAGUUUGGCAAAGUGCUGUGCGUCUUGGUGCUCGGCUGCGUACUCCUGCUGGCCUUGGCCUUAUGCUACACCUAUUUUUUCAACCACGAAUUCGUGGCGGAGUCUCUCCUGACGUUUCUUGGCGAGCACAACGUCAACAAAAUCGUGCAAGGCUUCGCUCACUACCUGACGUGGAGGAACGACGGCCUGUUGCCUUUCUGA